GACCUCUUUUCAAUAAAACAGCUCUGCGAUUUUAUUUCUAAAUUGCCCCGAAAUCGGAAAAUCGAACGAAUCUUCAAGCAUCAAGCUUCUCGUUUCCCAAGGAACUUGUUGUCAUUCCACCAAGAGCUCCACCAAGUUGGAAGAGAGAGAGACAGAGACAGAGACAGAGACUCUUGUCUAGCUAGUACGUUUAGUUCAGGUCCUUCACCAUUACAAUACGGCACCCAGAAUGCUGCGCAGUGGGCAUCGUAUCUCUACCGAAAAGCUGUGGUCCCUCGUGGGACAUGGUGGUGGUGUUGGACGACGCCCCUCGUCUUGUGUGGGCCGUGCCUUUACGGUUGUCAAGGAAAGCGCAACAACUCCAUUGACUCCGUUGACAACAGCAACACCAAAAGGUGGCAAUGUGUUGGGAUCGGCCGCAGAAGAAGCCCAACGGCUUUCGGAAUUGGCAGCCCAAUGUCGACGGGUGGAGGCGAAGAAACCAGAGACUAUCAUGAAACAGAAGCCAGUCAUUACUACGACAACAACUACUACUACUCCAAGUCCUCUAUCGUUGGAAGAUGAAAAAGCACUAGAAAGUGCACUGGAUGGCGCCCAAAAACUACUGUCAGUCACCACCAAAUCGAGUCCACUAUUGGAUGCCAUUCAGAACAAACCAACCGCCAAUCCGGAUAUUCAACGACAAAUUGCCUGUUUGCAUCGGGCGUUUAUUGUCGUGACAAGUUGGUGUUUGGACGUGGUCGAUCGAACGUGUGACAAAACGGCGUUGGACAAGGCAUUGCAAGUCGCCCGACGAGCCCAUCAACUACAACUGCCACUCCAUGUGCCACUCCAUCAACGAUUGGUGGUGGCCAUUGCGCAACAUUACGAUCCCAUUGCCACCAGUGUCCCCAAACACCGCGUUCGAAGUCCCGCUGGAUUGAUUUUGGAAAUUGCCGAACGAGCGGCCGUAUCAUUUGAUCGCACGGCGGUCGCCACGAGUCCGUUCUUUAGAGAUGCAUUGGUUGCAUUGGCACAACGACACCACUACCAUGAUAUUUUGACACUGAUGCGUGGCAUGGAAAGUCAAUUUCGGAUUGUCGAAUUGGAAUUGGAGACGCUGGCGCAAUUGUUGGCGGUAUUACAAGACCAGUGUGAUAAUGACAACAAUGACAUUGCAGUCACAGACCAGAAAGACUUUUACGAAAUACUCAGUCGACUCAAUCCGUACGUGUGGAAAACCAUGAGUCAGUACAGUCCCUUGACGGAGAGGCUCACUACCACUACCAAACAACAACCACAACAAUCUGUACUGCCCACGACACCCACGCCCAAACCAAAAGACGAUUGGUACUAUUUUCGCAAUUGGAUUUAUCAGACCGAUUCGCCUCGUCAAGUCUUGCCCGAUAUUACCGCACAAAUGGAUGACUUGUACGCCCACAAUGAAUUGCGAUAUUCCGAAGCAUUGGAACGAUCCAUUUUGAAAUCCUUAAUGGCCGAUUUUGAGGACUCCUAUUAUGAUGACGAAGAGCUAGAAAUGUUGUCCGAAGAAGAAGACGAAGGAGAAGACACUGAUUACUUUCACAGUGACGACGACGAAGAUGAUGAUGAUGACACGAAAACGUAAAUUCACAAACUCAACUGUCAUUCAGUCAUUCACAAACAACAUCAACAACAACACAUUUUCGAUUUGCACGUUUUUGGAUACAUCAAUUAUUAAUUCUGCGCCAUCUACCACCACUACAAGUUAAAAAGACAAAAAGGAAACAACGCCAGAGCCAGAACGCUUCUUGCCAAUCUACUUUUCCAUUGCAUUGCAUUGCAUUGCAUGUUAGAUACGUACUACUAGUACCAGUAAUCCAGUACCGUAUUUAUACUGUUGUGAAACUAAACAAAGCCAAUGAAAACAGACAACUGACUUUACUUGAAUGGCUGUGUUGUGUGUCUCCU